AUGACACGCAAGCAUGUCAUGUUGUGCUAUGAAUGGGGUAAACAAGAUUUAGUCCUGCAAGUUCGUGAGUACUUGACAGAGAAGAGAAUCGUAGUUUGGAUGGAUAUCAAGUCCAAUCGCUCAUCGGAUAACAUAUAUGAAGAUAUUGCUACAGCUGUAGAAAAUGCGUCUUGCUUGAUAUGUUUUUUGACAAAAGAAUUCCAACAAUCAGAUUAUUGUAAACUGGAAUUGCAAUAUGCGAAAAAACGUAAUAUACCAAUCAUACCACUAAAAUUAGUACAGAAUUGGGAACCAUCGAGCUGGUUAGGCCUCAUAACAGCUGGUUUGAUACAUAUAAAUAUUUACAGUACGCUUCGUUCUGAAGAAAGGCUCAGAGAAUUAUACGAUCGCAUAUGUGUCACAAUUGGUUCUCCAUCGUCUUCGCAAUAUUCAUCGAGGAUGUACUUGAACGAUAGCACAUCAGUAUCCGAAAUAUCGAUAUAUUCUGCAGCUAGUGAAGCCGAUACAGAUUCUUUGCGUUCAAAAUGUAGUUUCAGUCAAACUCAUUCUGCUCAAAUGUCAGCUAGUGAAGCCUAUACAGAUUCUUUGCGUUCAAAAUGUAGUUUCAGUCAAACUCAUUCUGCUCAAGUGUCAGCUGAUCGACAUCGUCGAAAACAUCGUACAAGCUCCAGAUGUCAUCUACCUCCUGUUAAUAGUACUGUCAGACAGAUACCAGAUAAUCACAACUGGAUUCAGCAAUGGAUGAUAAGUUCAUCCGAGGCAACGGAUGAUGACGCAUCUACAUGGAUAUCAACAGAUAUAUCUGAUGAAGAACUUUGUGAUUCACAAUUCUGA